AUGGACCACGACGUCAUGGACGUCCUGCUGCAAGUUCCGACGGCGGUGGUAUCGUACUCGAUCCCCGGCUACAUUUGCACUGUCAUGGUCUCGCUCUUGUUUGCCGUGUGCGGCUGCAUGGCGGCCAAGGGCAACAGCAGCUUCUGUGCCUCGUGCUUUUGUUGCUGCAACGGCUGCAAUUUCGUGUUCAGCCUGAUCGGCCUGAUCUCGCUGUCCGUCUUCGUUACCGUGGCGCUGGACGACGUGGACGGCAAGCUUCGGGAGUACUUAUCGUUCUGUGACCCCGUCGCGGUCUGCGGCGAGGACCUGCACAGCGCGCGGGUCGUGGACUGCCUGGCGGCCAGCGCCUGGCCGAAGGAGUACACGCGGCACUUCAUUGGCGGUCCAAUUCUCGACCCGAAGUGUCCUCACAUUUUCUUGGCGUGCAACGGCUCGGACGCAAUGCAGUACCGCUCAGCUGAAGGCGAUGAUCUCUGGGAGCGGCCUGGCGUGUCGUCCAGAGGCGAGAAGCCGGUGGUGUGGUGGCCGGACCGGGAGCCCGAGAGGCGCCUCGCCAUCGAGCGUGCAUCGGCGCUGAGAAGAGCUUCGCUGUCCCACGGCAGCCGUGCUCAGAAGGGUGACUUCAAGCCGAGGCCGAUGCCACAGAAUCCGCUCGCGCAGUGCAACGUGUCGCACGCUGCGGUCAUCUGGCACGGGCUGUUUGAAGAGGAGCCCGAGAUGGUGGCCGCCCUCCGCGCCUACUUCACGACGAGGACCGGCAUCGCGGUGGCUCGGCAGGAGUACGGCGGCAACAGGGCUAUACUGACCUUGCCGUUGUUGGCGCUGGCUGCGUGCGGCUGUUGGUAUGGCCAGGAGCUCCGAUCGAAGAUACAGGUCGGCGGCUGGAGAUCUGGGCAUGACCAGGAAAUGAUGGUGAUGGUGCAGCAGCCCCUCAUGGUCCAGGUGCCCGAGGGCGUCCCGGCGCAGGCGCUCCAGCUGGCGGCCCAGCCCGCGGCUCAGGGGCUGCCGGCGCAGCCGUUCGUGCUGCGGCCACCAGAGGCGGUGCCCGUGGCCGCGUUCCCCGAGCACGAGUAA